AUGGGUCAGGGUGAGCAGGCAAACCAUGAUGGGUGCUGUUCUGAUGGAUCUGAUACAGACGGCCUGAUCAGGAAGAGGAUUGUCUGUCUCAUCAGACAACAAGAAGUCGUCUCCGGGGCCCUGGUCCUCCUGGAGGACACUAAUUGCUCUGGUGUCUGGUGGAAGGGCAAGACAACAGGGCACAGGCAAUCCAGGAAGGUUCAGGGGUGCAUUGAUGACAACUUUGUAACUCACAUGAUUGAGGAAUUGAUGAGAGGAGAUACUCUGCUGGACCUUUUACUUAUACACAAGGAAGGACUGGUCAGAGGUCUGAAGGAAGUCAAACAAAAGUGGCAGGAAGCCUUCAUGGAUGAACAAGAGAGUCCCGGCAAAACUCGAACACAGAAAGGAGUCCUACCACAGGUGGAAGUAGUGUCAGGCGUGGAGUGGGGGCUCAUCUUCCCGGAGGCCAACGGCGACUACCAGUCGCCCAUCAACCUGAACUCGCGGGAGGCGAGGUACGACCCGGCGCUGCUGGAGGUGCGCCUGGCGCCCAACUACGUGGUGUGUCGCGACUGCGAGGUGAUCAACGACGGGCACGCCAUCCAGAUCCUCCUCAAGUCCAAGUCAGUGUUAAUAGGUGGACCAUUACCUCGAGGACAUGAAUUUGAACUACAUGAUGUUCGAUUUCACUGGGGGAGAGAAAACCAGCGUGGUUCUGAGCACACAGUUAAUUUUAAAGCCUUUCCCAUGGAGUCUUAUUCAUGA